AUGACGAACCCUAUUCGAACCUCACUACUAACAGCGGCUCUACUGCAGACUUUGGCCACUGCACAACAACCUUCAUGCUCGUCCACGCUCACAGCAGACUAUGCCGCGCCUUCGAUGGCGGAGGGCUACGUUGCCCGGCUGGUUGCGAACAACUUGACGUCUCCUCGUGGCAUCAAGUUUGACAAAUCUGGAGCGUUACUGGUCGUCGAAGAGGGCGUCGGCAUAACCGCCUUGAACUUCGAUGAUCCUGAAGAUGGAUGUGUCUCCACAACGAGUCGAAGGCUUGUGGUCGAUGAGCCGAGUCUGAACCAUGGCAUUGAGGUGUCUGAAGAUGGGGCGGUUCUGUAUGCGUCCAGCGGGGAGGCGUUGUGGAGUUGGGAGUGUGAUGGUAUUGCGCCGACUGAGCAUGAACUGAUGCCAACGGAGUUGGUGAACAACAUGGGCGGCUCCGAUCACACCUCUCGCACCCUCCUGCUGUCCAAAUCUGCACCCGGCCUGAUGGUGAUUAAUCGCGGCAGCUUCUCGAAUCUCGAUAUGCAGGCUGUGAGCGUUGAGUCGGGAGUCAGCCAGAUUAAAGCCUUCAACAUCACGAACUCGACGGAACCGUAUGAUUUCGUUACUGAGGGUUUGCUGUUGGGAUGGGGGUUGAGGAAUGAUGUGGGCAUUGCGGAGGAGCCGACGACGGGUGGGAUUUAUUCGGUGGAGAAUAGUGCGGAUCAGGUUAAUCGCUCGGGUGAAGAUAUCCAUGAAAACAACCCAGCGGAGAAACUUAACUUCCUAGGCUACCUCAACGGCACCCAAUCCCCUAACCAAGACAGGAACUUCGGCUACCCAACCUGCUUCGCCGCCCGGCAACCCACCUCAGUCCCCUCCUUCACCGCCGGCGUAGGCUCCCAAUUCGCCAUCGACCUCCCCAACACCGCCACCCCCCUCAACGACACCGCCUGCAGCCCCUCCCUCAUCCAACCUCCCCCCGCCUCACCUUCCAAGCCCACACCGCGCCGCUCUCCAUCCUGUUCAACUCCGCCGGCACCGCCGCCUGGAUAA